AUGGAGUAUCGCGAAAUGAGUAUUGUAACUGCUGAAGAGACGACAGAACUUCUUCCCGGACAGGAAGACGAGGACGAGAGCUACUUCGUUGAUUACGCCAUACAGAAGGAAAUCAUCAAUCGCAAUAGGACGCCCACGAGUCGGAGAUUAUUAAGUCAGGCGGCUUGUGAUACUAAUUCCGCGAAUAGUAAUGUGCAGGGGUCUAAUAAGGACUUUCCGGUAAUUAGUUUUAUCCACACUUCAGGACCUAAUUGGCCGCCUUCGCGAAAGCGCGAAGAGGCGCGUGCACUUGAGAAUUUACGUAAACGCGUUGAACAAUCUAAACUAUGCAAGGUCAAUCAGACGGAAACCAGUGGCGAUGCCACUACUUCGCAGGGACAAAUCGAAGAGACCAAUCAGCAACUCGACAAUCGGCCGAAUUUGCUGAAGAAGAUACUCAGUCACAAAACAAUGAGCAUAUAUCACGAUAUCACUGACCUGCAGACUGAUUGGAGGGACAGCGAAUUUAUCACUGAGUGCUUGUGCUGGCAUAAUGUUUAUCGUCAACGUCACAAUGCACCAACUCUGACAAUGUCUCCUCAGUUAUGUGAGCAUGCCCAAACGUGGGCGAAUCACCUAGCCCACACAAAUACAUUCUAUUAUCGAAACGAUCGGGAAAUCGGGCAAAAUCUGUAUUGUCGUCCAGGAGGCGCAGUACCAGGUGAAGUGAACGGUCAGGAAGUCGCGUCUUAUUGGUACUCAGCAGUGAAGCAAUACGAUUUUUUUAAAGAGCCCGAUGUCCUCCACACGAACGUCAAUGCCGGUCACUUCACCCAAGUGAUAUGGGCCAGUAGUCAGUUCUUUGGGGUUGGAAAGGCACGAAGCAGAAGUGGAAAGAUAAUUGUCGUGGCCAAUUAUCAGCCCAUUGGCAAUGUUUCUGGGCAAUUUCAGAGAAAUGUUCUGCCACCGCUUCCAGAUUGCGGAAAUCUUCCCCUGCCACCGCCACCACGUGUCAGACAAUGUGAAGAGCCCAAUCUGUCAGAUGCAUCUAGCAGCAGCAGCAGUUCAAUCAGCACGCAAUAAUACAGACGGGGUAACUGCUUUGUUAAUUUUUGCACUUCGUGGGGUGGAGGGAGAAGUUGAUCCAUCAGUCGAAUAACUCGGCGAACAAUUCGCGUUCUUUAAGAAUAUUCUUUAGAAUCAUUUAUCAUUAUUUAUAAUCAUUUACAAUCAUUUACAAUCAUUUACAAUUAUUUACAAUUAUUUACAAUCAUUUACAGUCCGGUAUCAAUCAUUGGAAUUCUAUAGAAAUUUUCCGCUCCCCUUUUGUCCCCGAAAAAAUAUCAAUUUUUAAUUGUCUGAAUUAUAGAAAAUACGUGGGGAAUUCUCGGUGGUUUUUUUAUGAAAAAUUAUGGACAAGUUAAUUAAUUGACGCAUUGUUCGUUGGGAAUGGUAAAGUACCCCGUUUUUUAAUUAGUCCACACGCGUUGAGCAAUGGAAAGCAGUGGACAUUUUUAAGGACGCCUUAAGAUCUGAAAUGCGUAAUCCAGUACCAGCAUCGAGAUAUGAAAUGGAUGCAAUUGCAUUAGCCUAAUGUUAUGGGAAGGAACAAUCCCAGGAUGUUCACAAAUAUUUCGAACUGUAGGCGAAACUACAAUCAGUUUAACAGAUCGGCAUAUGCGCCGAUGUAUGCUCAGCUCGAUUUAGGUUUAGAGGUUUUGAAAAAUGGCUCAGCUAAGGAUAAUUCCCGAAAUAUGAAAGAGGGAGAACAGGUCUGAGGAUAUCCGAAUCAUUUUGUUUCAGAAUAAUAUUUUAUUAGCUGAUUAUUAUACUCUUAGAGUUUUGCGCAAUUUUCACUUUUUACAAUUCUUUCAUGAGCUCCGAUUGAAAAAAAAAUGGAGUCAUGAUUUUGGUUUCUGAUGAUUUGAGGAUUCAUGUAGAAAGAGUUUAUGUUUUUCUAUUAAAAAUAAUUGCCUUUUUUUUUCUACUGAAUUUUUUCCACACGAGAUGGCAAGAACCGUCCCACUCGGAUAUCCUCUAUCUCCCAGUGAUCAGCAGUAUCAGGAGAAUUUUAAAUGAUAGCAAAUUUAAGUUGAACAAUGCGGUGCCUCUAAUUUUUAAGAGAAUAUCUAUGUAUAAUUACCAGCUAAGCCUAGCAUAAGUGUUUAUCCCUUAGAAAACCGAUAGAGAAGUAAGAGUUCUCAGGAGGAAAAAUAACACUAAAAUACAGAGAAAGCUUUGCGCUAAUUAUUCUUAACGAAAAACAGGUGGAAAUUACAGAGAAAUGACUUUACAAAAAUUUGUUCAUUUUGUAAUAAUAAUUUGUAAUAAUUGAGGACGAUUUAAGAGGUAGAAGCUAUUGGGAAUGUGUGCGCCGCCAUUUUGGUUGAAUACUCUAAUGGAUUCCAAAAAUGGCGGCACUACCACCUCGCAUUUUCAAACAAUUAUUAAAAUUAUUCAUCUCCCUCAAAUCAACUCCAAUUCGUUUUAUAUUGUUUCUAUGGUAGGAACAAUUUUUUUUAACCACUUUGCGGAUAUUUAGUUUCUCUGUCAGCUGCAAAAUCCCGAAGAAAAGUUUUCCCUGUGUCGAGGUGAUAUUUCUACCUUCGAGACUUUUAAGCAAAAACCGUGCAACGACGAAGAGCUUCCGUUUCCGCUCAUCAAAGCUCUGGUAUAGAUUCACUAUUUAUGGUCGACGUAAAUUAUCGAAUAAGUGCGAAGUGGCCUAUGCAUUAAAAAAAUGUAGCAAUCCCUAUAACGACGUGUAAGUAUAUCAAAUGAAAGUUGAAAGAAAGAAUAUGAAUACGCGCAACAAAUACAUGAGAAAUAUUUACUGUUGAAUUUUGAAUAUUCGCUUGAACGAACACUACGGGAGUUCGACGGCUAUAUUUUGAAAAACAUUUUGAGCGUUUAGUCUCUUGGUUGUAGGCUAGCAUCCUUUGAUAUAAUAUUUUAUAUGUUGAUUUUUUUAAUGAUGAGGAGGGUAUAUAAACCAUCGAUUGCAGCCUAUACAGCUAAUGAAAAUAUGUUCAUCUUGGAGAGCUCAACAGCCUUAUGAUAAUGAUUAGUACGUAUUGUUGACAUGUUGCUGUGGAUAGAUAUAUGUGAGCUUAAAUUAUUUAUGGAAUCUAUUUCAAUUAAUUAGAUAAUCAAUUUAUUCAUUACGUAUACAUCACAUCGUGUGGACUAGCCCAGGAAAAUCAUGGAAAAUCAUUGGCUGGAUUUUAAACUUUCUAUCCAACACUACGGACAUAUUUUCUACAUAAGUACUCUUAAAUUUUCCAUUUUUUAUUUUUCAAUUGCAUUUCUUGAAGUUGGAAAAAGUUAAAAAGAACUUGUCGGAUUAAUCCGGAAUUUUAUAGAAUUUCGGUAGAAAUUCAAUAGAUAUUCUUAGAGAAAUCGCACUAUCUAUCAAAUUUUUUCAUGUCCACACUUUGUAAUGAAGAAAAUCGUCUCGAUACUCCCCGGAGUAAUUCGCUGACACCAAUCAACUAGCAAUUGCAAUCAACUCUGAAUUAGCGAUUUUUCGUGAUAAUUAGGGAAUAGAUUAUUAAAAUACUUUUGGAUCAUACAAUCGCUGAAGUUGUUGCUUGAAGCUGAGUCUUCCGUACGCUAAUCAAUUUUUUAUAUUACGAAAUUACAUAGACGCCGCAUUAUCGAAAUAGUUUCGAGUGAUAACCGUUGUUGAAUGUUGAAAGUUGGAGUGUUUUA